CGUUCCUGCUUUGUUCGAACUUCUUUCUUCCUGGGAUCUCGAAGUCACAGACUACUUCGAAGAGGAAAGAGUUAACAGAGAGAGAAGGCGGGAUGACGGUGUUUCACUUCUUCAACUGUGCUAUUCUCACUUUUGGUCCUCACGCCGUUUACUACUCCGCCACUCCCUUGUCCGAGUAUGAUACCCUUGGCACAUCUGUUAAAGCUGCCCUGGUUUAUCUAGGGACAACGCUAGUAAAGCUUGUUUGUUUGGCUACUUUUCUCAAGGUGUCUGAGAAUGAUAGUUUUGAUCCAUAUCAGGAGUUGUUGAAAGCACUAAUUGGUUUCAUAGAUGUUGCUGGGCUGUACUUUGCCUUGACCCAGUUAACUCAUCGGAAUAUCUCUCAAAAUCAUAAAUUUCAAGCUGUUGGACUUGGGUGGGCUUUUGCAGAUUCUAUUUUACAUAGACUGGCACCUCUUUGGGUGGGAGCUAGAGGACUAGAAUUCACUUGGGAUUACAUUCUGCAAGGCCUUGAAGCAAAUGCAAACCUGGUUCUAAGUAUAUCCCUGGCUGCAUUGGGAUCUUUGAUGUGGCUCCGAAAAAACAAACCCAAGACUUUAAUUCCCAUAAUAUAUGCAUGUGCAGGCAUUGUGGCAACAAUGCCAUCAAUCACAAGCUAUUUGAGAAGAGGAUUGGGGUGGCAUUUGCCAAAAGUGGUAGGCUUCGAACUGUUCACUUCUCUGGUGAUGGCUUUUAUUAGUUGGCAACUCUUUUCUGCUUGUCAAAGACCCUCGUCCUGAGAAAGUCCAGUGCCAUCUCUAACACUAGAUAGUGGGUUGAGGAUAGAUUUGGAGCAUAAUGAAACGAAGAAGUUUAGCUGUAUGACUGUUAAAUACCCCUUGGAGAUUGUUGUAAUGUUUUGUUUUAAUCUUACAAUAUCCUUUACUUUGCUUUAAAAAUUAUCAAUUUGUAACUUUCAUUUUUCCUUUGAUUUUUGGAGGCUUGAACAAAGAGCGUUCCUUUACCACUUAAGUUCUGCAAUUAAAGAACUUAUAGAAGAUUUUGAAUGAAAAUGUUGGAAUUAGGUCUUA